GAUACCAGGAACAGGCCUGCUGGGCGGUUCAAAGUUUUUUUGACAUCCCUACAUCCGACCUCUGAUCCAUUGACGGCAUUGUCCAUCGACUUUUCUCAAACAACUGGAAAAGCUGGAGUAGUUUAGAGUCCACUCUCCUCCUAAGUUGAGAAAGUGGUUGGUGGUUCGCAUUCCCACAACUUCUGUGAGCUUUGGGUUCUCUCAGUUUGAACUUAAAAGAGAAGUACAUGAUAGAGUCUGAUUCUGGACAGUAACAUGGGCGGUAUAUGCUGCUGUUUGCGAGAUGGUUACGACGAUUUUGCCACUCCAAACAGCUCAAUAUACAGGAACUGUAUAUGCCUCCGUUACCUUCUUCAGCAUUUCAUAUAUGUGUAUACAUCAGUAUUUCACAGAGAACAACGUGUCAUCAGUUCAUCCACUCAAGUGGCAGCGUCAUUGAGUUCUGCUGGGUCACCCGAUAGCUCUCUCGUUGACAUGUAUCGGUCUCCUCCUAGACCAUUACCUUAUGAUGCUGAUCCUAGAUAUUUCCGUUUACAAAGAGAUGGACUAGUCUCCAGAAGGGAAAAAGGUUCAAGUCACUCGCAUGAGGAGACUGAACCAUUAAGAAGAAAUGAUAUUGAUGAUGAUGAUGAUUCUAUGAGUACCGGAAACAAAUGGGAUGCUUCUUGUGAGCAAGGAUUAAAAGAGCUCAACUCUAAAACCUCACUUAAGCUUUCAACCACUAAAACGACUGGAUUCGCCCAUCUUUAUUCUUCUUCUUCCUCUUCAGAAGAUGAAGAUGCAUGCCCUACAUGCCUUGAAGAAUAUACAGAAGAAAACCCCAAAAUAAUAUUGAAAUGCUCUCAUCAUUUCCAUCUUGGUUGCAUUUAUGAAUGGAUGGAGAGAAGCGAUAAUUGUCCAGUUUGUGGCAAGGAGAUGGCGUUUGAUGAGGCAACUAACCCUGCUUAACAGAUUUCAGACAUGGAGGGAAACCAACAAGAACAAAGAUAACUAUCCUGAAAGGAUGAUGUAAUUAUGUAAAGUCUUCGUUACUACCUGAAUACACAACACAUGUCUUGAGCGGUGCAUGGUAAGAUGCACCCAACCCCCAUGUGAAGGACAUAAACUAGUAUUUGCUCCAUAAACAUAUAUAUUGAGCGGUGCAUGGUAAGAUGCACCCAACCCCCAUGUGAAUUAUGAUAUACAAAGUUCUGUGCUUGCUACAGAAAAAGCACAAAAACUGUUUGUGGUUGACUUCACUUUAGUAUCUGUGUCACCCCCAUAAAAGCUUUGAGUUGCAUGCGCU